ACUCCUCAUUCACGCCUCUUGCCAUACCAAUUCGUCUCGCCAUGUUCGCCAGACAGGUUUUCCGCCCGGCCAGGACGCUGCACCAGCAAGUCCGCCGAUAUGCAUCCGAGGCGCCCAAGAGCGGCGGCAACAAUGGUGUUCUUUACACAGGAAUUGGUGCUGCUGGUCUUGCAGGUGCAUACCUGUUCUUGAGGGGUGGUGAUUCACCAUCUGGGCAGAAGGGCAAUGCACCUCCGUCAGAGGAGGCCAACAAGAUCCCUUCUUCAACCGGUGGCCCUGCUAAGAAGGCUUUCACCGGAGGUGACCAAGGCUUCCUGUCGCUUGUAUUGGACAAGUCUGAAAUUGUCAACCACAACACCAAGAAGCUUACCUUCAAGCUGCCUGAGGAGGACAUGGAGAGCGGUCUGCCUGUAGCUUCUGCCGUUAUCACCAAGUACAAGGGUCCCGAAAUGCAGAAGCCCGUCAUUCGACCGUACACUCCCAUCAGCGACGUAGACCAGAAGGGUACAGUGGAUUUCAUCAUCAAGGCUUACCCGAACGGACCUAUGUCGGAGCACAUGCACAGCAUGGAGCCUGGCCAGCGACUGGAUAUCAAGGGACCCAUUCCAAAAUUCCAAUGGUCACCCAACAAGUUUGAGCACAUUGCGCUGAUUGCUGGUGGAACUGGUAUCACUCCCAUGUGGCAGACAGCACGCGCCAUUUUCCGCAACCCCGAGGACAAGACCAAGGUGACGCUCGUAUACGGCAAUGUGACUGAAGAGGACAUUCUGCUCAAGCGCGAGUUUGAAGAGCUGGAGAACACUUACCCCCAGCGAUUCCGGGCAUUUUACGUCUUGGACAACCCACCAGAGUCGUGGCAAGGCGGCAAGGGAUACAUCACCAAGGAGCUUCUCAAGACUGUGCUUCCUGAGCCAAAGGAGGGAGAGAAGAUUAAGCUGUUUGUUUGCGGACCCCCCGGCAUGUACAAGGCCAUCAGCGGUGGCAAGAAGAGCCCGUCUGACCAAGGCGAGCUUGACGGCUACCUGAAGGAGCUUGGCUACAGCAAGGACCAGGUGUACAAGUUUUAGAAGCGUGUAUACAUACAUACAUACAUAUAUAUAUAUAUAUAUAUGCAUGGCAUGGGGCAUAACGGGGUUUACUUGACUGCAGAUCCGGGGGUCGGGGAUCAGAGCAGAGCAAGCACAGCUGUGUCUAUUGUGGGCCGCUAUUUGUGCCAGCCAAAAGAUGCAGAGUGUUUUGCAGCACAUGGAGGCCACCUUUGCACGUCAGAAGCGUAUAGAUUCUAUCUUGAGACUUGAAAGAUAUCCUAGCAUGUUAAUACACCGAUUUCAU